AUAUGGCCACAUCCUAAUAUUACAAAUACGAAACAUAGUUAGAAUCUGAUCGUUGCGCGCCAUGUUGGUGGCCCAAGGUCGUAUUUGAACGGCGCACCCGCAGGGCGCCCCACCCUCUCCACAGUCGCUCAACGGGCAUCACAGUGGAAAGGUGCAUCGCUGCUCUUAAAAAUCGCAAAUAUGCCGCGAUACAAAAGUAAAGGUAUUCGGAGUAAUUGGUCAGAAGAUGACAUGAAACGAGCAAUUGCCGCUGUCAAACGUGGUGUGAAGAUAUACACGGCUGCCAAAAACUAUAACAUCCCAAGGCGCACGUUAAGACGUUAUUUAUUAGAGAAAAAGACUACGAAGUCUACUUUAGGCAGAAAGCCGCUUUUAAACGAAGCACAAGAGAGAGAUUUGGCUUCCCGUAUUAUCCGUUUAUGCCAUGUGGGGUAUCCGCUAACACAACGGGUACUACGCACUUGUGUCAAGACGUUUUGCAUUCAAAACAAUGUUUCAGUAUCGAGUCGAGGCUUAAUGGUUGGACGAGAUUGGCUAAGAGGUUUUCUAAAUCGACAUAAAAAUAUCAGUAGAAGAAAAUCUCAAAAUCUGAACCCGGCACGCGCCGCAAAGCUGAAUAAAGUCGUAGUUGCUGACUAUUUUGCCAAAUUAAAAAAGACUAUGGAAGAAAACGACGUUUUGAAUAAACCUGAGAGAAUUUUCAAUGUCGAUGAGAAAGGCUGUCAGCUUAAUUUACAUAAAGCACCACAAGUUUUAGCGGAACGUGGAACAAAAAGAGUACACCUAGUGGCGCCGGAACAUGGUGAAAAUGUGACUGUAGUCUCAUGUGGCAGCGCUUUAGGCCACGCUAUCCCCCCAAUGAUUUUGUUCAAGGGCAAAAGAAUGAAACCUGAAUGGAUUGAUUCUUUACCUACAGGGUCAAUAGCUCAAAUGACUCCCAAAGGCAGUAUGAAUACUGAAACGUUCGUGAACUGGUUACACCACUUCGCCAAAUUUAAACUAUCAGGACCUUGUGUUCUUAUCUUUGACGGUGCUAAAUGCCAUCUGGACUAUACCAUAGUUGAAGUUGCAGAGAAAUUCAAUAUAAAACUUUUCUGUCUUCCCAGCAACACAACACAUGAGCUGCAGCCGAUGGACAAAUCGGUUUUUCAUUCGUAUGAGUAUUAUUGGGAUGAGGAGGUUCUGAGGUACUGGUCUAUCAACCAGGAUCGUAAAAUAACGAAACAAAGAUUUGGAAUUAUAUUUUCAAAGGUGUGGGACAAGGCUGCAACGCCGGCAAAUAUCAGAGCUGGUUUCGAGGCUACUGGGAUUUUUCCAUUUGAUCCGCAAAAGAUUCCCGAAGAAGCGUAUGCUCCAAGUAUCCCAACAUACGAUCCCACAAUAACUGAAUCUAAUACUGGACAAAACGAAAAUGAAGAUCCUAAUGAUAUUACUGAUUCAAGUGUUGACAGUGAAAGUAUUUUAGCUUGUUCUCAUCCUAAUUUGAACAUCAGCGGUGAUCGUUACACUCCAGUUCAAAGUGGUCCCUCUGGCACCAAUGCUAAAUCACCAGUACGUGCCUUGUCACAAGACAAUAAUAACAUAGCUACUGCACCUUCUUCACCUUCGAGAAAUGAUCAACUUAAGCUCGGUGAAAAUAUUCGUACUGAAGGUGACGAUAGCGACGAUGACGUCCCAUUAGCAAGCUUAAAACAGAACAGCCAGAACAUAGAAGCUGUAAAGGCAGUUUCGGAUUUACUUAAUGAAUCAUAUGAAUCUUUCAGUGCUAUGUUAAAAACUCCGGUAAAGACAACAUCUAGCCCAAAGACUGCUCCGAGGGCAAAAGCCAUUAAUAGUCUGGCUCAAGAACUAACGAAAGCAACUUUUGUACAAAAAAAAUUUCCAGGUCCGUCCGGAGCAGCUUCUCAGAAAAGAAACACUUUGCCAGGGUCAUCGAAUAAAACUUCAAAAAAGAAGAAAAGUACAUCAAAGUCAUCCUCAGCUGCCUCUCAAAAAAAGAAUGAUAUUCCUGGACCAUCCAACAUUACUUUACCAAAAAGAAAACAAGAUCCUUCAAAAAGGAAUAGAGCCUCAUCAAACAAGAUUCCUUCAAAACCGAAAAGUGGUAAAGGAAAAGCUAGAAAACUUGGUGAGUCUUGGUAUUGCUUCGUUUGUGAUCAAGAUAGAGUUGCUGACAUGCGAUCUUGUUUUAAAUGUGGUUCCUAUGUCCAUGAAGAGUGCGUUGGUUUGUCUGCCGAAGAUACAGAAAAUUUUAUAUGUCCCCAAUGUUAUGAUGAUUAAAAACAAGAUACUCAAGUAUCUUUAUUGAUCGUUCAAGUAUCUUUUGUGCAUUGUCUAAUGCACAUGCAUGUUGUCUCUAGAUUUAAGUUAUCACUCUUUAGAAUUUAUGUGAUUUGAAGUUAAUGUCUCACAGAUUUAGUCUUCUAUUGUUAUUGUUAUUAACAAUUAAGUUGAUCUCAGAGCAAGCCAAUUUAUCUAAUUAAUAAGACAAGUAAUUCUUAAGUGUUUUGUUUUAAUUUUUGUGAACUGAAGUCAGAGACUGAUGUUAGAAUAAGUUUAGAUAGGUAUUAAAUGGAUCUCAGGCUGAGCCAAUACAUUUAGCACAGAAAUUUAAAUAUUGUUGUUUUUCGCUAGAUUUGACUUAAAAUAUUUUAUAGAGAGUACUCGU